AUUUCUUUUUGUUAAACUCCCCCUUUCUUCUUCAUCCUCUUGUUCUUCAGAUAUAAGCCUCUUAGCUUUCUUAAGCAAAGAUCUAUAUCUUAAGAUUUGUCCAGAGAAUUAAAAAUAUCAUCUUUUUAUUCUUCUGGAUAAUACCCAUAUCUUUAAUUUUUAUUCUAACAAGUAUUGAAUAUUUAGUAUUCUGAAGUAUUUACUGCAAAGAAGUUGAAUCUUUUGGGUAAAAGAAAGUUCCGAUCUAUAGAUAUUUUGAUUGAGUUUGUGGAUGCAAGUUUGUUGAAAUCGUAUUGAAGAAUCAAUGGGGUCUGCAAGUGAUUAUAUACAGAAUCAUACCAAUGAUGCAAGGACAAAAUCAACAUCGCUGUCAGGCAGUGAUUUACCUGCGAUUGCUGACCUACAAUCUCCUGCUAAGAUGCAGAACAAGGAUCAAGCCAUAUCUCAAGAUAACUGUGCUUUAAAGGUCAGAAAGCAGUACACAAUUACAAAGCAAAGGGAACGGUGGACAGAUGAAGAGCACAAUAAAUUUCUUGAAGCAGUAAAGCUGUAUGGGCGUGCUUGGAGACAUAUUGAAGAGCACGUUGGCACAAAAACUGCAGUUCAAAUUCGAAGUCAUGCUCAGAAGUUCUUUUCUAAGGUGUCUCGUGAAUCAAGUAUCAAUGAGGAGAAGAGCGUGAAAUCCAUUGAGAUUCCUCCUCCACGUCCAAAAAGAAAACCAAUUCUUCCUUAUCCACGUAAAAACAUACGUCCAUUUAAAACUAGAGCCUGUCUCUCAGAUGAACCGGGGAGUUCUGCAUCUCCAAGCCUGUUAGUUGUAGAACAAGAAACUCAUUCACCAGUUUCUGUUUUGUCUGUAGUGACGCCAGAAGCCACAGGUGUAGCUAAUUCAAAUGUGCCAAAUGUUGUACUUUUACCAGCUUCUUCUAAUCCUGAUGACCAUCCGAGUGGCCUUAUUAAAGGAGAAACUAUAAUAUCAGAAGAAGAAAAAGGUUCUGAAAAUGGAUCAAAUUCUCCUAAAGGAAAUAAUAGUUCGAUCGAGGAAGAGCAUGUUUCCACGGAACUAAGAGUAUUUCCAGAAGGCAGAGCUUUUGCUAAAGAAGAAUCCAACGAGGAGGUAUCCACGCAGACUUUAAAGCUGUUCGGGCAGACUGUUACAGUAAUAGUAGCAGAACCAUCCCUUUCAAGCUCGAAAGAUAUCCCUCCUAGCUUGCCAGGAAAGAGUUUUCCUGCUAGUGAUGCAGGUGUAUCUUGGGGGGCACCUGCUGUAUACUACAUGCGAUACCCGACUGAUAAAUCAAAUAAUGUAGAUGAUGAUUCCUCUACUGUUCUAUGCUCGGACUUUUACAGAGGUGUACCAUAUCCUUUUCUCCAGUUGCAUACUUCAGUUCUGAGGCGAGAGUAUAAUUUUUUUGAUGGAAAUAAUGUCGAAGAUGAAGUGCUUCAGAAACAUGGAUCAUCAACUGGCUCAAACUCUGGAUCAAUUAACGCUGAGAUGGAUGUUAAAACUGCCUCGAGUGUUAUUUUUACCCAAGGGUUUGCUUUAAAUUCCUGAGACAAAGUUCUCAUUCCCUUGAAAAUAGAAACAUAAAGCAGUAGCUCAACAUCAUGUUAAAAUCCAGUGCAGACUAAGCUUUUGCCUAAGGAAAAAACAGGGCCUUCAAGAUGCUUCGCAGAGGCCUAGUAAUUCGCCGUGACCUGAAUGUUAACGGUAAUUAUUAGAUAUAAAUAUCUUAGAAGGAUAUUUUUGACAGGAAUAUUAACCGGGAAUUGGAGCCUGGAGGGAGCCAAGCCCUGUCUUGUGAGGCCUUGGUCUAGUUCCUGUGUUUUGUCUUUCACGUCUAUGUGGCUCAAUGUGUAGAAAGUGUAAUGCUUAAUGCUAACAGAAGAAGCCUGUAAAACGGAUCCAUUUGCAUUUCCUUGCUGA